UGUGUUGUCAUGCCGUAAAGCGCUUUGUGCGACCUGCCAGUGGAGAGAGACAGACAGCAGGCCCAGUAAGCUUAUACAUUUAUAGACGAUGAAAGCAGGCGUUUUGGAUCUCCGUUUCAUUUUAUAGGCACUCCCACCGUCUCUUUCACGAUGAUUAUAGAGAACGUGGACGCCCUGAAGUCGUGGCUGGCGAAACUACUGGAGCCAAUAUGUGAUGCCGAUCCCUCUGCUUUAGCCAAUUAUGUCGUGGCUCUGGUGAAGAAGGACAAACCGGAGAAGGAGCUCAGAGCGCUCUGUGCCGAUCAGCUCGAUGUCUUCCUACAAAAAGAGACUGUAGGCUUUGUGGAUAAACUAUUUGAAAGCCUGGCAACCAAGAACUACCAGGGCAACCCUGUUGCUAAGGAAGCUCUGAGAGAAGUAAACCUCCCUGCAGCCAAAUUGGAUGCUGUGGAAGUAAGAAAUGUGGAGGCUCCAGAGGAUGAGCGGGAAAACAGGCGGAAGAGAAGUCCUCUGAGGAACCGCUCCGACUUCAACGAGUCCAGGAGUCGCGAAGACAGGAGGCGGGACGAGCGCAAGAGGCGGGACUUUGAUCGGCAUGGGAAAAAUAGCAGUGGCGGCGGCGAUUCUCACCGUGAGCGAGAGCGACACGAGCGGCGCAGGGGGUGUUCCCGCGGGAGGAGCUACAGCAGGAGCCGAAGCCGGAGCAGGAGUGGCAGCCGGGGGAAGAGCAGGGGACGAGACUUCAAGUCAAAGUUUGAGGCGGAGCGGAAGGACGUUGACGGCUACAACUCAUCCAACACAGGCGGCUCCCAGCAGCCUCAGCAGCACACGUCGUCUCUCCUGCCCACGCCGCCGCACCCCUUCUUAUCUAAUGCAGGCGGGCUGCCAGGGCUCGGCGGCCUUCCCGCGGCAACACCGGUGCACAUGCCUGAUGGCACCACCGACAGCUGGUCCGGCUACUUCGGAGCAAAAAGGCAAGACGGCGUCGGCAAGCCGUUCAGCAACAAGAGCCUUCCUCGCAAACAGCGGUGCAGGGACUACGAUGAAAAGGGAUUCUGCGUCCGUGGCGACCUUUGCCCGUUUGAUCACGGCAACGACCCCCUCAUCGUAGACGACGUCAGCCUCCCCAACAUAAUCCCCUUCCCGCCACCACCCGUGAUGCCACCUGCUGGCCUUCCCCGGCUGCCGCUCAUCACUGAGCCACCCCCCACCCUGAGGAUACCGCCGCCUCCGAUGCCGCCGUAUGGUCAGCCGCCGCCACCUGGUGUCUUCUCAAUGACUCGACCUCCACUAAUAACAACCAGUGGAAUCGAAACCCCCAACCACCAAUCGGCAAUCACGUCGUCGCCCCCUAUCGGACCACCUGGCGUGGGGUUGCCGCCAAAUCUUCCUCUGCCUCCUCUACCGCUUCCUUCCUCAUCAUCGGUGUCGCUCCGCCCAAGAUAUGCCCAGUCCGAAUAUAACUACGACCCAGAGGGCUAUAACCCAGAAUCUCCAGGACUGACCGGAGCGGGUCGGAACCAGUAUCGGCAGUUCAUUCCCCGAGUGCAGACGCAGCGCUCCAACCUCAUCGGCCUCACCUCCAAUGAGGGGCAAGGCUGCAGAGCUGCCAACAUAGUGAUCCAGACAGAGCCUGCCACGACUCCUAGUCCAGCAGGAUGUUUUAACACAGAGCAGUACAAUAGGAAGAGAACCCUGGGCUGUGCAAUAGCCGAGGGGCCAACGAUUAAAAAACCCUGGAUGCAAAAGCCAAAUUUUAACAACCAGCACAAAGGCGGCUUUCCAAAGAAGAAUUUCUAUGUCAACACCAAGCUAGAGGUGCGCAGUAUCCCGCCUGACCUCAACACCAUCACUAAACUCAACGAGCACUUCAGCAAGUUUGGGACCAUCGUCAACAUUCAGGUGGUGUUCGGUGGCGACCCCGAGGCGGCGUUGAUCCAGUUUACGACCAACGAGGAAGCCAGACGAGCCAUGUACUCUGUGGAGGCUGUCCUCAAUAACCGCUUCAUCCACAUGCGCUGGCACCGUAAGGCCAGCAUGCUGGGGAUUCGCCCGAUGGAGCAGAUCUCGGGGAAUCAGGUGGCCUGCUCUCAGAUCCCGCAGCACAAUCCUGCCGCGUAUGUGCUGAACAAGCAUCGGCCGGCAGUAGCAGUUGGCACUACAACCACGAGCACGCCGGACAACCAGAACCCUGGCACGGAAGCUGCUAACGUGACGCCGGCGCUGACAAACCCCCAUAAGAGCCCCUCUUUCACUUCUAACCCGCUUAAGUUGUCCUCCAAGUGUCUGGGGAAAACGGCCAAAGCACUGGAAGCGCAGGAAGCCCUUAAGAAGAAACAGGAGGCGUUAAAACUCCAGCAUGACUUGCGGAAGAAGAAGCAAGAAAUGUUAAAGACGCAGAUUGAAUGUCAGAAGGCGCUGAUUAACCGUCUGGAGAAAAACCGAGGCAUGAAACCUGAGGAAAGAGCCAACACCAUGAAGACCUUUAAGGACCUGACCGAAAAGAUAGACCAGCUGCAGAACGAAAUUCAUCCAUCGGCCCAGGUGUCCAAAGCCAACCACAACCAGCCCAAGACCAAGACCGACGCCCAGAAGGAGCUGCUCGAUGCUGAGUUGGACUUCCACAAGAAGAUGAGCUCUGGAGAAGACACCACUGACCUGAAGAGGAAGCUGGGGCUGUUGCAGAAGGAGGCAACGCAACUGGGCAUCCUACGAUCCCCGAUGUGUCGCGGCCGAGGCAGAGGGAAGACGCCACCAGAAGCCGGCGCCACGCACUUCGGCCGCGCCAGGGGUCGCAGCCGCGGAGGGGGUGGCAUCGUCAACCGCAUGGUGGUAGACCACCGACCCAGAGCCCUCUCUAUCGUAGGGGUCACCAAGGAGGAGAAGGAGGAGCUCAUGCAGCACUUUCUGAAUUAUGGUGAGAUCGAGGAUCUCCGUGACCAGGACGCCACCGGUGUCGUCAUGACCUUUAAGACUCGGAGCGAAGCCGAGAAUGCUGCCAACCAGGGAGCCAAGUUCAAAGGUCGCAUGUUGCAGAUUUCCUGGCACAAGCCCAAGACGCCGUCUGUCACCACAGAGCCAGAGGAGGAGGAGUCGAAAGGCGACGACAACACGCAAAAGGAAGGCGGCUCUUAUUUACCCGGCGAGGAAGAAGAGGAGGAAGAGGACGAGGACGAAGACGACAAGUACGAGAGCCGAUCUUGGAGACGAUGAAGCGGCGACCCGAGGACCUUUUUUUGUCUCUUCCUCAGUAUUUUCAAACGAGUCAUUUUGACGACUAAGCAGAAGUCUUCUUUCCUUUCCGAGCGUUUUCUUUCUUGGGGAGUUUCCUCCACUCCACAGCCUCUCCCUGCUGCUGAGAAAGGUGUUGUUGGACGUAGAAAAAGUAAAUACCUGGAGGUGAAAUUGGAGUGAGGGCUGUCAGUAAUGCACAACAUUUGUGUCUACUGUGAAAAGGUAUUUUUAUACAUACUGUAUUUAAUUCACUAAAACUAAAUGAUAAUUGUGACCCUCACUCAAGUCUUUCAUCACUUUAUUUAUUUUUCUCUCCUUUUUUUCCCCCCCUGAGCCACCCUGCAGUUACGACAAAGUUUACACCUCGUAAAUAUUCACGCAAGGGUCACAUGACCCAUGCUUCCGGUCCUCGGCUAGACACAAAGUGUUUGAAUGUAACAGCAAGAUAACCCCCUUUUUUUUUUUUUGGUAAAUGACUUUUUUUGUACACGUUUUAAAUGUACUUAAGAGGAAUUAAUGGUGAUUUUUCUUUUCCAUUUUAAUCUGUGUGGUCCAAAAACAAAAUAUUUUGAGCCAUUUCCCCUCCCUUUUAUUUUAAAACAUUUUUUUAAGCAAAAAUGACAACCAAGCUCCACUUUUUUGUUAUUUUUUUCUGUCACUUUAAUUUGAUUAUGACACUUUUGAAGCAUUUAAACAUGUCCGACAAAAAAGGCCCACUAUACAUUUCUUCUGUAUUUUUACUAGCAUUUUAUUUUAAUUUAAUAUAUCAGCUGGGUAGGCUCCAGCACCCCCCGCAACCCAAAAAGGGACAAGUGGUGGAAAAUGGAUGGAUGGAUAUCAUCAAAAACUAGAUUUGUUUUCCUUUUUUCCUUUAAUUUUGCUCCCAUUUUGAUUUAAUUGGCUGGCCAAGAAAAUAACUAAAAAAAAAACUUUUGAAACAGUAGCAGUCACAUUUUAUUCAAUCUGUCCUUAAAAGAAAAACACUACAGAUUUUUUUUUACUUUUUAUUGAAUAUCGUGAGGAAAAAAAACUGUUUGUAAACCAGCUCUGGUCCCAUUUAAUUCAUGUCAAUUUUUCCCUCAAAAACAAUUUUUUUCGCCCCUGUAUUCCCUUUAAAUAUAUUUAAUUGCGUCUGGUCGGGCAAAUCAACUUAAAACCUAUUCCAGUCACAUUUUUAAUUCAUUUGUUGUUUAAAAGUCCUCUAAAAAAAUGGUAGAAAAAAACAUUCCUUGAAUUUUCAUAUCUGGCAAAAAAGAAAAGGACAUUUAGUCAUCCGAAUAUGUUAAUGUCUUUAAAUUAAUUGUUUUUAUUGCAGGAGAAGGAAUGCAAUUAUUUUUUUCCCUAAUUCUAACAGUUCCCACACACCCUGAUGAAGAGUCACAUGUUUUUGAGUUUGGAGUGAAAAACCAAAAUAAUAUUUAUUUGCUUUCCGGCAUGUUAAGUCCAUUUCACAAUUUCGAUGACGUCAUCACAAGGUCACGGUUUGUUUUAAAAGAACGACUGAGUGAACUGUCCCACUUUUCUUUUGUACUACUACUACUACUGUACGCUAUACGCCGUAGUGCAAAGAAACAAAAAUGUAUGUUUAUCUGAUAAAAGUUUUGCGAUUUGUUACUGUU